GGUAUGCACAUCUAUGGGAUGUAGCACCCCGAAGAGAACAAAAAGGUACACAUCUCCGCCCGAAACUCUCAAGAAGGCCCAUCCACACGUAGGUACCUAUGAGUAUUCUACUAGCCCAGCCGGCCGAAAUCUCCGCCCCCACAGCAUUCGUUCCACCUUGCUUACGUCUUGUCUUCCCUAUCCUACGUAUUUUCUCCAAUAUUGCCAUUCCUCGUCCUCUCGCAACGCUGCUUCUGCUCCAACAACCACAGAGGCGGCCCCCGGAAACCAAUCCAUGCCGGAAGGGCGGGCGCGGGCACUGUUGCAUACCAGAAACUUGCCCCAUCAUCAAAGACCGGUCGCGGGUCAUCGGUAGCAGCGUUAUUUGCAGUCACAGCGGGACCAGUGGUGGCACCGCCAGCGCCGGAGCCCAACCAGAUCCUCCCUCCCGGCCUGGUGAAAUUCUGCAGGGGCAUAUCCCACUUCGACUGCGUCAACCUCCGUCGCGCUGUUGAAAUACCAUACCCGGCUCGCCAGUUCGCUAGCGACGCUCGCGAGCCUGCCUCCCUCCCCCGGUCCCCGGCCAUCAAUCGAGCAACCGUUCCGCUUCAUCGAUUCUCUCGCUCGCGAUCCCUUCUACAACCCCCCAACCCCCCACCGCAGCCCUAGGCUCAUAGCAUAGUCGACUUACGUUAGCCCGUUAUCUCGCGGCCUCGUCGCGAUCGCUAGCGCAACCAAUAUGAACCAGCAAGGCCAGUACGGAGGCGCCCCGAGACGAACGAACACAUAUGGCUCCCAGCAUGAUGAACUUCAUAUUUCUCCUACCGUGAGCCACGGUGGACAAAUAUCUCCGCGGGACUUCACCAACGCCUCUGGCCCGCACAUAAACCUGGAGCAAACGGCUUCCCAGCCUCUCAACCCUCAAUACUCAAACUCGGGAGUCCCGAAUGUUCUCCAGCCUGGCGGACUGACCCCGGGUCGCCCACCCGCUCUAAGUGCCAAUACCGCACCCACUCUACCUACGAUGUCGAGUGCCGUACAGCACUCUCCAAGUGAAUACGGCUCACCCUCGAAACCGCCUACCCUGAGUCUAUCGCACAGCUACUCCCGAUCUAGCCCGGCGGCUCCUUAUGAGGGGGCCCCCACUUCAUACUCUCCUUAUACCCCCACAACGCCCGGUGGAACUGGUUCCGGCCAGUCUCAAUAUAUGCUACCGCAAGAACCUAAAUAUGGUGCGCCAGGCACCCAGAGGAACAUCUCGAACACGCCGCUUGGAUUAGCGGAUAUCAGACCUAGGGCAGACUCGAGCUUGUCCGAUGGUCCCUCAGGCACCUUGGGGUACGAGCUUGCCAACAUCCAGCCGUCUACCAGCAACUACUUGGCUCCAUGGGCGCUCUAUGCAUUUGACUGGUGCAAGUGGGCGCCUCAAAGCAGAGGAGCCGGCAAAGUAGCUAUCGGAAGCUAUCUAGAAGAUGGUCAUAACUUCAUUCAAAUCCUCGACACCCAAAUCGUGAACACACCCCCCGAUGUAUAUACGCCGGGUUCGUCCAAGUUCAGCAUGGAGUUUACCAAGGUCGCGGAAGCAACGCAUUCGUACCCCGUAACGCGUCUCCUGUGGGAGCCCCCGUCUUCGAAGAAGCAAUCCACGGACCUCCUGGCCACAUCCGGCGACCACCUUCGGCUUUGGUCCUUGCCAUCCGAUGCCCAAACUAACCAGUCCAACUCUAUAAAUAAGCCUAAUCUGGGUACGCCGAUAACGAAACUCACGCCUUUGGCGUUGCUGUCUAACUCGAAGACACCGGAUCACACCGCCCCCCUCACGUCAUUAGAUUGGAAUACUGUCUCACCAAGCCUAAUCAUCACAUCAAGUAUCGACACGACCUGCACCAUCUGGGAUAUCCCCUCACUGACUGCCAAGACGCAGCUAAUCGCACAUGACAAAGAGGUCUACGAUGUUCGAUUCUGUGCCAAUAGUGUGGACGUUUUCGUCAGCUGUGGGCAGGACGGUAGUGUGCGCAUGUUUGACCUGCGUAGUCUGGAGCAUAGCACUAUUAUCUACGAGCCAACUGCCAAGGAUGAUCGUGACGCGAAUGGCGGACGAAUAAGCCCGACGCUGGCUCAGCAGACCAUGUCGCACGCGCCCCCUCUCUUGAGGCUAGCCACGUCUCCUCACGAUACCCACUUGCUGGCUACGUUUGCGCAAGACUCGAACGUAAUACGCAUUCUCGACGUGCGGCAACCCGGACAGGCCUUGUUGGAGUUGCGAGGCCACGGCGGGUCUGUCAACUCGGUGGAAUGGUCGCCUGGGCGGCGAGGACUUCUCGCGUCUGGCGGCGACGACUGCCAGGUGCUAUUGUGGGAUCUUAUGAACAGCACUCCUACUACUGGCGCGCCCUCCAACGGCGUCGGAUCGGCUGAGAAACACCUCAGCCCCGUUUCUAGCUGGCAGUGCGACUACGAGGUCGGCAAUCUGGGCUGGGCUCCUCAGCUUUCCACCAGCGAUAGCGUUGGCGAUUGGCUUGGUGUCAGCGGCGGACGAGGCGUCUGGGGGGUGAGGGUUUAAGCCGUCUCCUGAAACAUCAGUUCUCACACCCCUGGACGGACGAGAAUACGCAGCAACAAUUUCCAGAUUAGUACUACUUUUCGGAUUGUUGCGGUACGUGUAUUGACAAGACGUCUUCGUCUCAAAGCACGGAUACCUAGGGCAUAGAAAUAGAACAACCUGGCAGGGCAUAGCGGCUCGGGAAACGGACGAGAGGGGAGCCUUGCAUAGUUAGCCAUGACGGGCCACGUUCAAAGAAGGGGGGAAGGAGGCCGAUUCGCCGUCGGUUACCUACGCGAGAGGCCAAGGCGUGGAGGCGGGGAUCGAAUGCUAAAAUACCAUUAUAUAAAGGAGAGCCUCAUGUUCGAAAUUUCCAGCCUGUAUAUUAGCAAUUUGCGUAGGGGAGCAAAAGGUUGGGUGUCGGGAACGACUCGAUAGGUGAAUCUGUACGGAUCGCGGUUGGGCUGGCGGAUUGUGGUGGGCGGCGAAGCAGGGCUUGCCUGGGAGAUGGAAGCUCUUCAUCGCAAAUCCGAAGGCUAGGCCACGAUAAUUGACCUCACUUGUUACGAAUUGGGGGGGGACUGGAGUAUACGAACGGAUGGUGCCUACCAAGAGGUACCUAGUACAAGCAAGUUUCCUAGGUAUACCUUAGGUACCUCAGGUAGUUAGUAGGAGGUAGGUACCUAGGUAGGUAAUUGGAAAGCAGCCUUUGACAUGUAUACCUACCUGGGUACCUACCUAUCUACGGCGCGUGCCUACAUUGAUAUUG